AUGCUCGAGCUGCACAAGCUGAGGCUACUCGGCUACUUACUUGAUCGCUUGGCUGACCCUAGCCGCUUGGUGCGGCGUCUGGCUUUGCUUGGUGUCGGCAAAUUCGCUAGCACUGCCUGUGGCCUCCGCUGGCUCCGGGGCUGCCCACAGGAUUUGAGCCCAGCCUACUUGCAUGCCCUUGAAUUCUGCCCCGAUCUGAAGCCAGGUAGACUGCUCUUGACGUCUAUUUCUGCUCUAUAA